AUGGGCACGGAUACGGACACGCAGCUAACAGUAUUCGCGACUCAGCUCGUGCAGAGGACUUUGGCCGCGUGCGGAACUCUUUUGAUCUAUGACUAUCUCUGUACGCUAGACCAAGAAGUCACCUAUGUCUGGGGACAUUUACGCUGGUCCAUGGGCACGGUCCUUUUCUUCAUGAACAGAUACCUACCGUUCGUCGAUACGUUCCUCUCUAUCCGCCUGAAGUUCAACGUCAAUAGCCCGGAGCGCUGUGAAAGUGAUUUUCAGAUUAUGACUUGGUUUCUCUCGUCGGGGAUCAUUAUUUCGGAGAUUAUUCUUAUGCUGCGGACAUAUGCGCUCUGGGAGUGUAAGCGGCGGAUGGCGAUUUCGCUUGGUGCACUAGGCUUGCUAUGUUUCGUCCCGGCGCUCAUCAUCGUUGAACUCGAACUCCGGUCUCUCAAAUAUCACCCAACGGAGUUUCAAGGGUGCCACUUGGAGACGGCGAGCUGGAUCAUCCUUAUUGCCUACAUCAUGCUCAUCCUGUGUGAGACUACGCUCGCUAUUAUGACAGCCAUCAAGGCCUUUCGGCAUCUGCGCCACACUCAAUCACCUUGGGUUGUACAGCUCUACCGGGACGGCCUUUUAUUUUACGCCUGCCUGCUACCGAUUUCCAUCGCUAAUAUUCUAGUACCGAUCUUUGCACCCCGAGUCUUCGCAAAUUGGCUAGCGACGCCUCAACGAGUGCUGCAUGCAGUUCUGUGCAAUAGAGUAAUACUUUUUAUCCAGAAGCAGCGUGAAGGUACUCCUUCAUGUCGGACGGACGGCCUUCCAACAUAUGAUGAUGAUACUGAUGGACAAAUUACAUUUCUGCGCUCUAAUUCCUGCGCACUAAACUCGAUGUUAAAUGACGAUACUACUGGCUCUUUCCCGUCGACGACGAUGGCGGCCACUCUCCGCCGCAGGACCCUCUCCCGCUUCUUCUUCUUCGCAGGCGCCUUUUUCUUCUUUAAACUCGUCUUCUUCCCCUCCCAACCCGUACAGGACAAGUCACAUUCCCACCAGAUACAGAGCCACAACUUCAUUGAACGCGCAACGCGCCCAGACAGGUCUCUCAAUGUCCAGCGACACCCGUUUUUACAGGCUAGGAUGGGCAGGGAUGAGAAGGAGGAUAUCUUCAGUGGACUAGUGAGGAAUGGCGUCCGUGACUACUGGGAACGCUUUCAACUCCCCUACAUCCUGAACAAGGAGACGUCGUCGAUGGAUGCCCAGCACGUCCUGGGCGCCAUUGACCAGCUGCUCUCCCUCAACGGCUGGGUCGCAGCACUGUGCCCGACCCUCACCCGCCCUUUCGGCCAGAACAAGCGGGACAAUGCGUACGACGACCUCAUCAGCCAGGACCACCUCUAUUACAUCGCCAUCGUCAUCCACUCCGCAGACCACUUCCUCGUCGACCAGCUUGCGGUCAUCGUGCAGAUGGCGAAGCGUCUCGGGAGCAACAACAUCUUCGUGUCGAUGCUCGAUUACGACUCGACGGACUCGACGGAGACACUGACGGAUUUGUGCGAGGCGGUCUUGACGCUGCUGGGGGUUCCGUUUAGGAUCAGGAGAGUGCCGGGGAUGACGGAGGACCCGGCAGCGGCGUAUUAUCCGCGGGAAGAGGCGUAUAUGCGCAAUCUUGCGCUCGAACCCUUGCAUGAGCUCCAGACCAAGAGGAACAUCAAGUUCUCCCGAGUGGUGUGGCUGAAGGGGUUUACGUGCCCCAAUGAUAUUCUCGAGACGAUCAAGAUCAGCUUUGCGAAUGAGGCGGCUAUGGUGUGUGGGAUGGACUGGGCGGAGCAUAAUGGUUUCUUCAUCUUCUCUGACAGGUGGCGAACACGAGACAUCGAAGGCGACCAAUUUCGCCAAUCCAAGUCCUCAUCCAAGCCCGACGCCGUCCCUCCGCGCGACAAACAAGGCGCACAGCGCUACGCCCAACACCUACCCUUCCAGGUCUUCUGCUGCGAGUCCGGCACGCACGUCGUCGACCCUGCCCAGUCAUACUACCGAGGCAUCGCGUACCGCGCCGGCACCGACUUCCAGAACCUCAGCAACGCGGAGGGUGUGUCAAAUAGGGCUCCGGACGCCGCGUGCCUCGACAGCAGCCAGGCGUGGUUCUGCAGAGACUUGUGGGUUAGGAGUGCCCAGGACGCGGUCGAUGAGGUGGACGUGGGGAACAAGGCGGGCACGCGUAGAAGCUUGACCUCGGGUGGCUCGGGCUGGAGCUGGUGGAAGAGGCGCGGAGAGCCAGAGCUCAUUGAUGUGGCGGAACGCGACCCGAUGAUGGACGAGGCCCAGGAAGCCCGUGAAGAGGCGAAGCGCGAUGCGGUGAAGGUACAGCUCGCAGCGGACCAAGUGGAGGAGGUGAAUGACGACGGGACGGACAGCAGGAGGAAGCAGGGCAAGAAGGUCGACCCGGACGCGAACGCUGGCUCAGACUACGACGCAAUGCCCGUUGAGGAUGGAGGAGAAGAUGUUCCCCCACCGAGCGAUGCAAACAUGGUCUUGACGAUACCGAACUCGGUCUUCCGUCCCGCGAGGAUACUGGUCAACCCCAGAUGCCCGACGACGUAUGCGGGGGUGAGCCAUACGCAGCUGGCGAGAGAUCUGUUUGGAGAGGGCGAUGAUGAGCCAGUCACGUCGUCCGGUAAGUAUGUGUUGGAUGAUUGGGAAGGUGCUCCGGAGAGUUUCGUGUGUCAGGAGCAGAGGCAAACUGGAGGGAGGAAAGCCACGAAAACACAGCGCAGACUCGGAUUCUCAAUACAUGACGAGCUACAGCGCUUGCAACAACAAUAA